CCCAUUCCACUAACGUUGUUCCUGGUAACUGCUGCUUGCUUAGUCCACAUUAUUAAUACCAAAUCACACACACACACACACACACUCUUUCUUAGAUUGGCUUCGUAAACUCCACUGGCACAACAAUUACUACGCAUGCAAUUUAGGAAGAGAAGAAGCCAAUUUUAGAGUGGGCGGGCGAAAAAUGGAAAAAAAGAAUUCAUCAUCAGUAGUGUAUGUGUAUAAGAAGUGGGUGCUGUGGGCGUGCAUGGUGGUGUAUAUUGGAUCUGGGUAUGUGCAAUGUAGUGUUACCUAUGACAGAAAGGCCAUUCUUAUCAAUGGCCAAAGAAGAAUUCUCUUUUCUGGUUCCAUUCAUUACCCCAGAAGCACCCCCGAGAUGUGGGAAGAUCUGAUAAACAAGGCUAAAGAAGGAGGUGUGGAUGUGAUUGAAACUUAUGUGUUUUGGAAUGUCCACGAGCCCUCUCCCGGCAAUUAUGAUUUUGAAGGGAGAUAUGAUUUGGUGAGGUUUGUAAAAACCAUUCAGAAAGCAGGGCUAUAUGCCCAUCUUCGCAUUGGGCCUUAUGUCUGCGCAGAGUGGAAUUUUGGAGGAUUUCCAGUUUGGCUGAAAUAUGUUCCUGGGAUUAGCUUCAGGACAGAUAAUGAGCCAUUUAAGAUGGCAAUGAAAGGGUUCACAGAGAAAAUUGUGAAUCUAAUGAAGAGUGAAAAACUUUAUGAAUCUCAGGGUGGUCCCAUUAUACUCUCCCAGAUUGAGAAUGAGUAUGGCCCUAUGGCAAAAUCUCUCGGUGCUUCUGGCCAUCAAUACUCAACUUGGGCUGCAAACAUGGCUGUUGCACUCGAUACUGGAGUUCCGUGGGUCAUGUGUAAGGAAGAAGAUGCUCCAGAUCCCGUUAUUAACACAUGCAACGGUUUCUAUUGUGACGCUUUCUCCCCCAACAAACCGUACAAGCCCACUAUUUGGACCGAGGCUUGGAGUGGCUGGUUCACGGAAUUCGGUGGUCCAAAUCACGAGCGACCAGUUCAGGAUUUAGCGUUUGCUGUAGCCAGAUUUAUACAAAAGGGAGGCUCGUUUAUCAACUAUUACAUGUAUCACGGAGGAACGAACUUUGGACGCUCUGCUGGAGGCCCUUUCAUAACCACAAGCUACGAUUACGAUGCUCCACUUGACGAAUAUGGUUUGAUCCGACAACCUAAAUAUGGUCAUCUCAAAGAACUUCAUAGAGCUGUCAAACUAUGCGAGAAAUCUCUAAUUUCAACCGACCCCACUAUCACAUCCUUAGGAAACCUUCAACAGGCUUAUGUAUACACUUCAGAAUCAGGGGAUUGUGCAGCUUUUCUUUCGAAUUACGAUACUAAGUCGGCUGUGAGAGUUAUGUUCAAUAACAUGCACUACAAUAUUCCUCCUUGGUCCAUCAGCAUUCUUCCCGACUGCAGAAAUGUAGUCUUCAAUACAGCCAAGGUUGGAGUUCAGACAUCACAGAUGGAAAUGGUGCCAGCUAAUAACGAAAUACUCUCGUGGCAAACAUAUAACGAAGAUUUAUCUUCUUUGGAUGACAGCUCGACUUUCUCUACUGUUGGUCUCUUGGAACAGAUUAAUGUCACAAGAGAUGCUACUGAUUAUCUUUGGUACACAACUAGUGUUGAUAUUGGUUCAUCAGAGUCAUUCUUGCAUGGUGGGGAACUCCCAACUCUUAUUGUUCAGUCGACUGGUCAUGCUCUUCAUGUUUUUAUAAACGGACAGCUUUCCGGUUCUGCUUCUGGGACUAGGCAAAACAGGAGAUUUACAUUUAAAGGAAAAGUCAACUUGCGAGCUGGUUCGAACAAGAUUGGUCUCCUCAGCGUUGCUGUCGGAUUACCUAAUGUUGGUGGCCAUUACGAGACAUGGAACACAGGAGUGUUGGGCCCCGUUGCAUUGUUAGGACUCGACCAGGGAAAAUGGGAUUUGUCGUGGGCAAAAUGGACAUAUCAGGUUGGUCUUAAGGGAGAAGCAAUGAAUCUCGUCUCUCCAAACACGAUUUCUUCAGUCGAGUGGAUGCAGGGUUCUUUAAUAGCCCAAAAACAGCAGCCUCUGACGUGGCAUAAGGCCUAUUUUAACGCACCCGAUGGAGAUGAACCACUAGCUUUGGACAUGAGCAGCAUGGGAAAAGGUCAACUUUGGGUCAACGGCCAAAGCCUCGGAAGAUACUGGACCGCUUACGCCACCGGCGAUUGCAAUGGGUGUAGCUAUGUCGGAAGCUUCCGCCCCCCUAAAUGUCAACUCGGGUGCGGUCAACCCACACAAAAAUGGUAUCAUUUACCGAGGUCUUGGCUAAAGCCGACUGAGAAUUUGCUAGUGCUAUUCGAAGAGCUGGGUGGGGACCCCACAAGAAUAGGGGUUGUGAAGAGAUCGAUGACGAGCGUUUGCGCUGACAUGGCAGAGUACCACCCGAAUUUCAAGAACUGGCAAAUCGAAAGCUACGGGAAGCCCGAAGAGUUUAGAAAGCCAAAAGUUCACCUUCAUUGUGGGCCCGGACAAUCCAUCUCUUCCAUCAAGUUUGCGAGCUUCGGAACUCCUCUCGGAACCUGCGGAAGCUUCCAGAAGGGAACUUGCCAUGCUCCUACCUCGUACGCCAUUCUAGAGAAGAAGUGCAUUGGAAAGGAGAGAUGCUCGGUGGCAAUAUCGAACAGUAAUUUCGGGCAUGAUCCAUGCCCGAAUGUGCUCAAACGGUUAUCGGUUGAAGCAAUAUGUGCCCCUCAUAAUUAACGAGCAAUGUCGGUAGACAAAAAAAAAAAGAAAGGUGAAAAUACUAUUGGAAAGUUAGUUAUACGAGUAUUUAUUUAUAUAAGAAGAGCAAUGUAUGGUAGUGUAUUCUAAGAUAGGGUUAGUUUACAGGGGUUCCGGGAUUCGGAAAAAGAAAAGAAAAGAAAGUGUGAUUAAUUAUGGAAGGACUGGUAAAAUUUCCACUAUUAGCAGGAAAUGGGAACCAGCAAUUUAUUAUUAAUUAUUAAUUAAGAGUUAAAAGUGUGAUUAGAGUGAGUUAUUAUUAGAGUGAGUGAGUGAGUGAGUGAGUGUCCUCGGGGAUAAUAUUUGCCCUGUGUGGACUGAAUGUUUCAUGUUAGGAACGGUUCCUACCUAGUAUGUUUUGUGUUUCAGUGACGUUUUCUGUUUUUUUUUUUUUUUGAAUUUUCGUGGUGCAAUUAUUUGGUGAGAUUGUCUCUAUAAUAUAAUUUAGCUUCCUUU